AAGAAUGAGGAAAGAACCGAGAGGAAAAGACCAAGUUUUUUUGGAGGAUGAGAAAUGGGAGGCUGAAGAAGUGGUGGAUAAAACAGACGGAAUAGACAGUACACAGACUGAAACAUGGAAGAAAGAGAUUAGGAAUGGAAUUCAAGUGACAUACACGAAUAUAGAAGGAUUUCUAUCUAAAAGGCUAGAAAUGUAUGGAUUACCUAAGAAACAGUGAACCAGACAUAAUGUGUGUGGUGGAAACAAAGUUAACCCUUUUUGGGGCAGAUUACCAGAAAUGGUAACUUAAAUUAGCGUAAUAAAUGGCGUCCCCACAUCUCCACUAGACUUGCUAUACUCGGUAUAAUAUCCCUACACCAAUCAGCAAAGGUUAGGCUAUGUCGUCACUCGUGACAUCACGGCUUCCAACCAAUCAACAACAGCUCAGGUGUGUGCAAACUUCAGUCACCCUCGAGAUGACACAGAGUGCGGAUAUGCGUCACUACCUUGUUCCAUUCCCAAGGUUCUUUCUUCAUAACCAGUGAUGGUAAGUUGAUGCAAUUAACACAUUAUAAAGUUGAAUAGUUGUACUAAGUGUUAGGAUAAGUGUCAUAUGCAUACUCCUUGGGGAAAUUAGCAAGACCUUAGCUGAAAAAAUUGUCAACCUAAAAAUGGUCAUAUGACCUGAUCAUCUAAAUCAUUGUCACAUGCUGGUAUGACUAAAAUUGAUCAUAUGACACGAGCAUCUAAGUACACAUGCCAUGUCAGGAUGCACCAUUAAUGAUCAUAUGCCCUCACCAUGUAGUGACCAUGCGAUACAUAUUUUAUUCUAAUAAUAAUGUGUUAUUUUAUUAACUUAUUUUUAGCUUUUACCAGUUUAAUUUGUUUGUUAUAAUGUUAUGGCAUGUAUGGAAGUACUAUAAGAACUGCAGAAAUGUAAUUAGUAAUUAAAUUAUUUGGUGAUUUAUUUAGUUGGUAUGAUAGAUUUCUUAGAAAUAAGUGUAUACAUAAUGGUGUACUGGUAUAUUUAUAUCCAUUUUAUCUUACAUCUGUCUACCCGGAUGUUCUACGGAGGGAGGGGGACCGCUAUCAUCCCAACCAACCCUGCAGUUAGUGACGAUGAGAAGGAAUAUGACGAGAAUGAGGACGACGAUGACGUUACAGAAUAUAUUAACCAUAAAUAGAUACUAGAGUCAAUUGGGCCCCAGCACCAGUAGAAGGGGGUCUGCUAUGCCUGCACUGGAGGUUCUGGAGGAUGAUGAGGAAGAUGAGGACUAUGAGGAAGAGGAGAAGAGAGACAAAGUUGCAGAGCCAUAAGCCAAGAAGCCAAGGGGGAAGUCGCAAGCCAGGCCAACCACUUGGAAGAAGGUUGACAUAAAUUACACACCCCUAUCUGAGUAUGUGCACACUCCUCCAGAGUACAUUCACUCUCCAUUCCAUUACUUCAGCAAAUUCUUCAGCCUGGAGGUCAUGGAACACAUAACUUACCAGAAAUGUAUGAAGAAGAAAGACAUCAACACCACCUUCAAGACCACAUCAGAUAAGGUGAUGAACUUUGUGGCUAUCCUACUAUAUAUGGGGAUCAUACCAGCAAAUGCAGUGGAAGACUACUGGUCUAUGAGGACCAGGAUCCCUCAGGUGGCAGACCUCAUGUCAUCUAAGAGGUUCUGGCUGAUGAAGAGGCUUAUACACUUUAACGACAACUCUAAUACCCCUGGCUCUAUCGACAGAUUCUUCAAAGUCCGACCACUGUUCACUUUCUUGAGUACUGCCUUCAGGAAAGAGGCACAAACCCCCAGGCAGUCUGUGGAUGAGAUCAUGGUGGCCUAUAAAGGCAAGAAAGCUGGAAACCUGAGGCAAUACAUCCAGAACAGGCCACACAAAUGGUGAUUCAAAUUGUUUGCUAGGGCAUCAGAGGAUGGCUUCCUCUAGACAUGAUAUUGUACCAAGGGGAACCCACACUCCAGGCCCAUGGUGUCCCUCUGACUUUUGAAUAGAAAAGCCUGGGUAAGAUCAGUAAGAUAGUUUCUGUCCUGGCCAGUACCAUGUCAUAUUCAUC